AUGCGGCGGGUGGUAGUAACAGGCCUCGGCGCCAUUACGCCCUUGGGCGUGGGUGUUCGCCGUACUUGGACUCGGCUCCUGGCUGGCGAUUGUGGUAUUGUGAGUGUUGCAGAUCGUGAACCAUCUGCCAGAUGGCAGGAACUGCCUAGCACAGUCGCGGGCAUCGUCCCAGAAGGCAGUAGAAGCGACGGGAGUUGGCAGGCUUCGGACUGGCUGGAACGGGGCGAGGAGCGGCGUAUGGCGAAGUUCUCGCAAUUCGCGAUCGCUGCUACGGAGAUGGCUUUUGAUGAUGCUGGAUGGCGGCCACGCAGCCAAGCAGAUCGAGAAGCUACUGGCGUAUGUUUGGGCAGUGGUAUCGGGAAUCUUGAGUGUCUCUAUGAUACCAGCAUAGCCUAUGACAAGAACGGCUAUAAGAAAGUGUCGCCGCUCUUCGUUCCGCAGCUACUCAUCAAUCUUGGCGCAGGGCAUAUAUCAAUGAAAUAUGGUUUACAGGGCCCGAAUCAUGCUGUUACAACUGCUUGUACCACUGGCGCUCAUGCAAUUGGCGAUGCAUUCCGAUUCAUCGCGUUUGGAGAUGCGAAUGUCAUGGUCGCUGGAGGCUCGGAAUCCUGCAUUCACCCGCUCGCUUUGUCAGGCUUCGCCCGAUCUCGGUCUCUGGCUACAGGUUUCAAUUCCGAUCCAGCCUCGUCAUCGCGGCCAUUUGAUCGUGACAGAUGCGGGUUCGUGAUUGCCGAGGGAGCAGGGGUUGCCGUACUAGAAGAGCUUGAGCAUGCCAAAGCUCGCGGAGCCGAUAUAUAUGCCGAAAUCAAAGGUUAUGGCUGUAGCGGGGACGCGUUUCAUGUCACAGCUCCGAGGGAAGAUGGCGCAGGCGCGCUGCUGGCAAUGAAAAGAGCUUUAAAAAAUGCAGGUAUACCUCCAAGAGAGGUGGACUAUAUCAACGCUCAUGCCACAAGUACACCGCUAGGUGACGCUGCCGAGAAUAGGGCAAUUGAACGACUCAUGCUUAGCGAAGAAGGUGCAAUACAUUUGGAGGAGGUUGCCGUGAGUAGUACGAAGGGUGCCAUUGGCCACUUGUUGGGAGCUUCCGGUGCAAUCGAAGCAAUCUUCUCGAUCCUGGCAGUAAAGGAGGUGAGUGGGAAGAUUCUCCUCGAAGAAAUGACAACAGCCGCUUACCUUUGCGCAGAACAUCAUGCCACCAACCUUCAAUCUUCAAAACCUAGAUGAUGGAUUCAGAUGUAAUUACAUUCCCAGUUCAGCUCAAGAGAAGCUGGUUAAAGUUUCUCUUUCGAACAGCUUUGGGUUCGGUGGUGUCAAUGCAUCUUUGGCAUUCUCCAAGUACUGAAGAUUGGAAAGCUUAAAGCAGAAAGCAGAAUUGGCCGAAUCUUGCUAUUAAAAGUGCAGUGCAAAGAAAUCUCAGGCUUCUGUCGGAAGGAACAAACAUUCCAUUUCAGCUGAACGCUUUAUUUUCACGUUCUAGCCCUGUUGACCUUGCCAUGCUCGAGUCCUCUAUUCGUGUACCAACUGCGGAAAUUCUCCCAGUUCCUACAUGUAUGCACCUGGAGAGUUCCUAUGAGAGUCAUCUGAGUUUCAUCGCCAAACGGCUUUAAUGGCAGUGGCGUCAGGUCACCGGCGCGCUGUGUAUUUUGACGCAGUUGCUCGAUGCAAUGUUCUGGUUCUGUAGUGAGCGCAAACUCUGAUUGAUGAUCCAUGAUCACAACUCACCAAUGUCAUCGUGUUCGGAGUAGUAUUCCGGGUCUAGUGCUUUCCGAACAGCAUUCCUCUGAUAGUUGUGGCGCCAGUAUCUACUAGUGUAUGUACCCGCUUAGGGGUAAGAACACCCGAAGCUCUUGAUCGCUCGGGUGGAAUAGCACUGCCCAAACAACUUACAGGCAAUGCAGAGAAUGCAUGACUUCCACUUUUCGUUGGUGUCAGCCUUCAAAGUCUUGGACAGUUUAAUAAAUUCUUUGUUGUCUCACUCUGCCAGAUAGAAUCCUCUGAUUGCGACUGGGUCUUCAAGCUCCUGUACUUCCUCUUCUGACAGGACCAGAUACUGCCCUGAGCGUUUGUUAGUUGCCAUCGCGAGACUGGGACAACGCCAUACAUGAAAAGAGCUCAGCCCGCGCAUUAUCUACCUCUUUAUUUGGAGUUUCAACAUAUUGAGGUGAAUAGGAGUUGUGUUCUCGACAGUAGCUCUUUGUUGUUUCGUUGUACCGGAAAGCGCUGGCGUAUUUUACUUCCUGCAGUUGUAUUACAGCCUUUGCUGGACCUGUGGGCUUGUCAGCGCUGGCCAAAUCUGCUUCAGCUGGAAGUAUUUACCCCACUCGGUCAGGUAGCCAUCCUUGAACGUCUGCGUAGGACACAGUGUUGAUCGAAGCGACAGUUGUAUAGAUAGCUUGGAGGCCGAAGAUCAAACUCGUUAUCGAUAGGUUGAUUAUAGCUAACCUUGGCCACGGUGAUCUGGAUGUCUUGCAGCGUGAACUUUUGCUAUCAUCUGUGCAGUUGCCGUCCGAAAUUCGGAUUUCUUGUAGGUUGCGGCUGGUGCUGCCAUGUUAUUUGUUGGAAUAGUUUGGCUUUGAUAUGGGCUCCAACUAGAGUCUCAAGAUCUGAUGACGAAGCAAAAUUCAGAGCGCGAUAUUCACUAUUCAUAGGUCUUGCUCAGCAUUACUGCUGGACACAUUCCCACGGAGAAUUGGUAGCACAUCUCGUAUAGUACGUGUUGUUCAUGUGCGAGUACGGCGUUAAUUUACUGGGAUUCAAUAUUGAUCUUUCCGGGUCCUCUUCUUCCAUUCCAAGGUGAACACAGUUGAAGAUUAUUUUGGGCCAAGCGUUUCUCCACAACUUCGCCUCAAGCAAUUAUACUGUUCACCAACACGUAUGAUUUGUAGCUCUGUUCAUCGAAGUGAUGCUUCUCGAGACUGCUACAUCAUCUCUAAUAUCCUGCGCUAUCAAAAUGACCAACACUGUAGCUCUGUCUGAGGAUCAAGUGGAUGGUCUAACCACAAAUUGCAACCUCUGGAUGCGAACCAUAAGCUCCAAUCCUGCCUUACAUAUAUCACUUGUCGUGGACUGCGAUAUGGCGAGGACAAUCGAUGAGGCUCGUCUCUGGUGCGUUCUGUGAAAUAACCUGGGAAGACAUGAUCCAGUGAAGCAUUCCAUGACGACGAGAUUGUAGUAAUUCCCGUUCGAAGAGUUGUACCAGGUACGCAUUGAGCCUUUCUCCAUUCCAAACUCGGGUAGAAUGCCAAGCUGGGACACUUCCCAGGUACAGCCGUUCCCAUAACUAGUUAGAAACCACGGCUUUACGCGAGCCUUAUUAAAAUCGCGCCCCCCCCCCCCCUCCUAGGCCCCCUACUAUAAUCAC